AUGCGACUCCCUCGCAUUCCACUUUCUGGUCAUCCUCCUGCUCCUACUCCGACUCCUAGUCCGCAGAUUGCAGCUUCAUCUGGCAACAAAGUCUCCCCAAUCCGUAACGAUACCAGAGGUCCCAAGGGUUACCGCCUCGUCAAGGUUCCUGGAGUGACUUGCUUCCGUCCUUCAUUUUCACCGGAUCAAAGGCCUGCAUAUGCCACACAAAAGUUCCUCGAUGAUCCAUAUCAUGUUUUGCAUCUAAAGACGAAGCGACGCAUCGAGGCUCGGGACAAGAAUACUCUGUGGACAAUGGUAUAUACUGCCAAUGCAGUAUCUCAAUAUCGAACGGUUCGGUCAUUUUGCAACCGCAAAAUGAAGAGAGGAUUGGAGGAAGCCCUGGCUCUGCGGGGAUUCGACUACAAUGGGAGACAGCUGCAGCAACCCAGAUCCCAGGAUAACAGAAAGAAAAUACCGGGUCGUCCAAGCAAACAAUUUCCCUUACAAAAUCUCGGCAACUUAAAGGGUUCAUUAACAUUUCAAUUGCUUGAGCCAAUGAUCACCGCAAAACAAGAAGACGUCAAUGCUCAGGCUGUAAAGGUUGUGGAUGCGGUGGUAAAGCUUUGCCAACCAUACCCCAUACUCUCCGGAAUGCAACGAUUGAGAAAGCCUCGUGAACCGAGAAGCGGGAAACCCUCUUCAGGGAAACCUCGACCUAGAGCAACCCUCAUUACGGAAAAAUCAGAGGCCAAAGCAGUCCACCCGUGA